AUGGCUCAUCUAGAUUAUAACAAUUACAAGGUGGCAUGGAUUGCUCCGCUCGAGAUCGAGGCUCGGGCAGCCAUGUGCAUGCUCGAUGUUCAGCACACGGGCAGAUUUCCAGUAAGAGUGGGCCAUGACUACAACUUCAUCGCGGGUCGCAUGUGCGGGCACAACGUUGUUAUCGGCACCUUUCCCCUUGGAAAAGAAUAUGGCAUAGCGUCAGCAGCAGCUCUCGCUAGCCAGAUGAAGCUCCUCUUCCCUAAGCUCUGGUUCACGUUACUAGUUGGUGUCGCAGCAGGGCUUCCAAGCCUUAAACGAGACAUACGUCUUGGAGAUGUACUCGUUGCACUCUCUGAUGGCGAAGUCCCUGCUAUAGUACCUUACGGACUCGGCAAAGAAACAUCCGAGGGACUCAAUCUCAUUCGUGGAGGACGAAGCCAAAAUCAAACGCAGACCAUUGUGGGAUCUGCUGUUGGAAGGAUCAAGGUUUCGGAUCCUGAGGGUCUUAUCAACGGAUUCCUGGACCACUUCAAAGCCAUGCAAGACGAAAGGCACUCGAAUGGCGACUUCAAGGAUCCUGGCCAACCUCAAGACGAGUUAAUCGGGACGAAUACAAUCGGAGAGAGAGUCGUUGUUCCUCGGGAGCCACGGCCAAACAAUGCCGCGCGUACCAAAGUGUGGUAUGGGCCGCUCGGCUCCGGUGACAAAUUGAUGAAGAAUGCCGAGAAGAGGGACGCUUUGAGAGACCAGUACAGCAUAAUUGGUCUAGAGAUGGAGGCAGCAGGAAUCAUGAACCGUCUUGCUGUCGGUGUCAUCAGAGGGGUAUGCGAUUAUGGGGACGAGCAGAAGAAGAAGGAGUGGCAGCCUUACGCGGCUGCAAUGGCUGCCGCAUACGCGAAAGAAGUGUUGAAAGAGAUCAGCGUUGUCGAAUCCGACUCGGAUCUUCAUAUUCGUAAGAUCACUAUAGUACCAUCAAUAUACGGACGUGCGACUCAUUGA